AUGUCCAUGAACGAGAAGAUGUCGACAGCAGCAGCCCACCACGACCAUGAGAGCCUCUCAGAGGUGAAGCAUGCUGACGACGCGCUCCUGGCCCAGCUCGGGUACAAGAGCGAGUUCAAGCGCGAGUUCUCCAUGAUUGAGACCAUCGCGUUCGCGUUCUCCAUCAUGGGUGUCGUGGCCUCCGUCUCGUCAACCAUGUCGUUCCCUCUCGUCUCCGGCAAGAGGACACGUCGGGAUGGUAUUUGGAUGGCUCUCCCCUCCCUCUUCGUCAUGACCAUCGCCGCGUCUCUCGCAGAGCUGACCUCUGCCAUGCCGUAUAACGAGUGCCGGCUGUACUACUUCUCUGCCAAGCUCGCCCCGAAGAAGUGGGCUCCGCUUGCGAGCUGGAUCACCGGCUGGGCCAACGUCACCGGACAGGUCACCUUGGUCUGCUCGAUCGACUUUACAUGCGUUGGCUCCGAUGGUGCCGUCAACUUGGGCGCUGGUGCCACAUUUGGCAUUCUUCUUGCAAUCCUGUUCACGCACGGCAUCGUCUGCUCGGCGGCUACUUCGGUGCUUGCUCGUUUGAACUUGUUCUAUGUUGCGAUUAAUGUCGGGACUACCGUUGCCGCUAUCAUCGCUCUCCUUGUUUGCAGUGGCGACCAACGAGUCGACACGAAGACCGCUUCACCAUGCGCUUGGGCGUUCUUGCUCGCUUUCACCUCCCCAAUGUGGACUCUGACUGGCUCGCACAUCUCCGAAGAGACGCCGGGGCGGCCGCGCGCCCCGAUCGCGAUUAUGGUCGGCGUCGGCGCGACGGCGUCGCUCGGCUGGUUGCUCUACAUCGCCGCCUCCUUCGCAGCGGCGUCGGUGCCCGCGCUGCUCGACACCUCCCUCCCGCUACCGAUGGGCCAGCUUUUCCUCGACGUGCUCGGCAAGCGCGGCAUGCUCGCGAUCUGGUCGCUGAUCAUCGUAGUCCAGUACGUCACCGGCGCCGCGCAGGGCGUCGACGCGAGCCGGGUCGUGUUCGCGUUCGCGCGCGACAACGCGUUGCCCGGCUCGCGCUGGUGGAAGCGCAUGCACCCGUACACGCGCACGCCGGUGAACGCGGUGUGGCUCGUGAUGGUGCUUGCGGGGCUGUGCGGGCUGCUUGGGUUCUCGGAAGCGGCGCUGUCGUCGCUCGCUGGCGCAUCGGUCAUCGGUCUGUACACUUCGUACGUCGUGCCGAUCUUUCUGCGCAUCACCUCGGGACGGACGCGGCUUGUGCCCGGACCGUUUUCAUUGGGCAAGUGGUUCCUUCCGAUCGGCAUCGUCGCGGUGUCGUGGGUGUUGUUCAUCACCGUGGUUCUCCUGUUCCCGUCGGAGAGCAACCCGUCCGCGGAGACGAUGAACUACGCUGUCGUGAUAAUCAUGGGCGUAUUCUUCUUCGCGUCCAUCUCCUGGGUGGUCUCGGCCAGGAAGUGGUUCGAGGGGCCCGUCAAGUACGAUAGGAAGUCCUUUUCGGAGGUUAUGGAGAAGGAGGUUUCUGUCGAUGGUUCGUGA